CAUGGAAGAACUCACUCACUAUAGUGGCUCAUUCGGCCAUUCUCUUACAUUUUGGCACAGUUUAUCAACUGAACUGGUGGUGUCUGGUAUUGUAGGUCCCAUGAGGAUGAUUCAAGCUGUGGUUCCACACAUGGCGUCUCGCAGAAAGGGUACGAUCGUAAACGUAGGAAGUACCAUAGUGCUGAUAUCUUUCCCUUGGACCGGGGUAUACGCUGCAUCUAAAGCCGCCCUCCAUGCUUUAACUGAUGCAUUGAGGUUGGAAGGGAAGCCACUGGGGAUCGAUGUGAUAAAUGUGGCUCCAGGAUCUAUUCAGUCGAACAUAUUGCCCUCAGCUGAGGUUAGCUGUGCUUCUGAGUGGAAACUGUACAAGCCAUUCGAGCCAGCAAUUCGACGCUUUCUCUCCCAAGGCAGAGUAGACACUCCUGCUGAAAAAUUUGCCAUGCAUACUGUUGCUGCCAUCCUCAAGAAGCACCCCCCUGCGUGGUUCUCUACAGGCAAGUUCUCGACCAUCAUCGCCAUCGCGUACCAUUUGCCACUUCGCGUCAAGGAUCUGUUCGUGCAAUCUUUUGUCAAACCCUGAAAAAGAGUUUCUUCCCUUUCAUUUUGUUCGCUGGGGAAGGAUCGGUCGGUCUUGCUGUGCAGCUUCUUGUACAGAUGUUCAGAUUUACCACAUCUGUAAUUGUUGUAGCAGAACAACUAGAGUUUCCCCCCCCCCCCCCCCCCCCCCCCCCCCCCCACCCCAUUCUCAAUUCUGUUCAAUGGCCAGGGAAGCCAGAAAUUACUUGUUUUGCACGACAUGGGAAAAGAGGGGUUAAGAAUAAUAGAAAAAAAAAUGUUGAUGUUCUUUCUUAGCAAGUGUUUAUGUUUGUUUAUGAACUUUGAAAAUGGUGAUUUCCAAAUGAUGCAAAGUCCUUUCAAUUUGAAUAUAAUUUACCAUAGCAC